UUGAGUAGUACACGCCCUUUAAGAAAGAUCCUUUCAAAACGCCAAGCACGAAUAGUAUUCUCGCUGACAAGACACUUUUGUUUUGUAACAACGGAUACUAUUUGUAACAACGGAUACUAUUUGAAAGGAAUUGAAGUCACAAUGCAAUGCAUACAAAGGCAGCCCAAACGCACCAGAUCCGAGGAAUUACUUCAUAAUGAAAAAAGCAAGAAGGUUACGCGUUUAAAUGUGAAACUGUUGGGUAUGGAGGGGGACACAGACCUCCAGUUCCUGCUGGUGGGUGGAGACCUUCUGAAGGUGAGAUCUUCCUCCUGGAAGAAGACCCGCUUCUACAAGCUACAGGAGGACUGCCAGACCAUGUGGCACGAGUCCAAGAAGACCUUCAAGUUCAACCAGACCUUCUCCAUUAAGGACAUCUCGGUGGUGCGUGCUGGCCGUCAAUCGGAGGGUCUGAGGAAGAACACAGAGGAGCCGGUGGAGGGGAGAUGUUUCUCCAUAAUCUUCAAGGGCAGAAGAAAGAACCUGGACCUGAUGGCCAGCUCUGAGGAGGAGGCCAAGCAGUGGGUCACCAGCCUGGAGAAGAUAAUGUCCAACAUGGAGAACCUUAACAGUCAGCAGAAGACUGAGCAUUGGAUCUUCAACUGCCUUAGGAAAGCAGACAAGAACAGGGACAACAAGCUGAGUCUGAAGGAGCUGAAGGACUUCCUGCACCAGAUCAACAUCGAGGUGGACGAUCAAUACGCAGAGAAGCUCUUCCAGGAGUGUGACCAGUCUAAGUGUGGCCACCUGGCUGGCGAUGAGAUAGAGCACUUCUACAGCCUUUUGACCCAUCGCCAGGAGAUAGACACCAUCUACGGAGAAUACGCUAAGACCACGGGCUUCAUGAGCGCUGAAAAUCUACUGGAGUUCCUGAUUAAAGAGCAGAGAGAGGAGGCAACGCUAGCCGAUGCACACAGACUCAUUAACAAGUACGAAUUGGAUGAUAAAGCCAAAGAGAAGCAGCUGAUGACCCAAGAUGGUUUCCUGAUGUAUCUCCACAUGCCCGAGGGUCUGGUGCUGAAUCCUACCCACAAGGCCGUGCACCAGGACAUGAGCCAGCCCCUGAACCACUACUUCAUCUCCUCGUCUCACAACACAUACCUAAUGGAAGACCAGCUCAAAGGGCCCAGCAGUACUGAGGCCUAUGCCAGGGCUCUUAUAAAGGGCUGUCGCUGUGUGGAGCUGGACUGCUGGGACGGGUCAGACGGAGAGCCAGUCAUCUACCAUGGAUACACCCUCACUUCCAAGAUCCUGUUUAAAGACACCAUCAAAGCAAUCAAGGAGUACGCCUUUAAGACCUCGGACUACCCAGUGAUCCUGUCCUUGGAGAAUCACUGUAGUGUGGAGCAGCAGAGGGUCAUGGCCCAGCACAUGAGCUCCAUCCUGGGCAGCGCUCUGCUCACCUCCCCCCUGGGGGACCAGAUGCCCACAGACUUUCCCUCCCCAGAGGAGCUGAAGGGGAGGUUCCUGGUCAAAGGGAAGAGGUUAACUAAACUGGAGGCCUGCUUUGGCCCUGAGGAGACAGCUGGGGAUGAUGGUAGCUUAACUGAGGAGGAGGAGGAUGACAAAGAGGAGGAGGAAGAGGAGAAGAAGAAGGCCACGGAAGGUAAAAAACUGAAGCUGGCUAAGGAGCUGUCAGACAUGGUGAUCUACUGUAAGAGCGUCCAUUUCAACGGAUUCCAGGACGCUAAAGAUAACCUGGGCUUCUACGAGAUGUCCUCCUUCAAGGAAAGGAAAGCUAUGGCGUUGGCUGAGGAGUCUGCCAACAGCUACAUCCAUCACAAUGUGGACAAGCUGAGUCGUAUCUAUCCAGCAGGCACCAGAACAGACUCCUCCAACUAUAACCCUGUACCUUUGUGGAACGCAGGCUGUCAGAUCGUGUCCCUGAACUUCCAGACCUCCUGUAAUGACAUGGAUGUGAACCAGGGUCGGUUCCUGACCAACGGGAAGACGGGAUACGUCCUAAAGCCGGCCUACAUGAGGGACCUGGGGUCGGAGUUUGACCCCAUCACCCUGACCGCGGGACCGUGGCUGCAGCACAAGACGCUCCACCUCAUGAUCGUCUCAGCCCAGCAGCUUCCAAAAGUAAACCAGAAAAAGACAUCCAUUGUGGACGCGCUGGUCAAAGUGGAGAUACACGGGGUGCCUGCUGACACCGCAGAUAAAGAGACGCCGUACAUUGAGAACAAUGGUUUCAACCCGAUGUGGAAUGAGAACUUUAAGUUUGAUGUGUACGUGCCAGAGCUGGCCCUGGUCCGCUUUGUGGUCGAGGACCACGACUCUGUUACUGAUAAUGACUUCGUCGGACAGUUCACCGUACCAUUCACCAGUUUACAGAUGGGAUACAGACACGUGCCGCUACUCAACAAGGAAGGAGACCCCCUUCCCUCAGCAGGACUGUUCGUACACAUCAUGAUCAUGGAUGCCUAAAACAACACCUGUCCGAAUGUGCCAUAAUCACCACUGUGACUAUCGUCCAGUCCCAAACAGACCUUCAGCCCUAUACCACUACACCCUAGGGCACUAGAGUGGAUCUGAAAUGAUUGAAUAUGUGUAAGUGUCCUACGGAGGAGGGGCUAGGGGGUGGUUUGGGAUUGGGCCCUAGGGAGGCGGGGCUAGGGGUUGGUUUGGGAUUGGGCCCUAGGGAGGCGGGGCUAGGGGUUGGUUUGGGACUGGGCCCGAGGGAGGCGGGGCUAGGGGUCGGUCUGGGUCCAGAGGACAUCCUCCUCUGGAUUUUUGAAAAAUAAUUAUAAUUAGCUUAUCGAAUAGGCAAGAAGAUUAUCUGUAACAGUAGAACUCCAUUUGAGUUUUUUGUACUAGUAUUUUGGGGAAUUGUGACAAAUGAACAAGUUUAUCAAACUAUCACAUCACAGGGAUUAUACAAACCAUUGUUUUUGUGUACUCGGUAUUUUUAUAGUGUUAAAACACUUUUCAUUUUGGGUCGUUGUAUUUUUUAAUUUUUGUAUUUUUUAUGUCCACCAUUUAUUUUCUGUGUUGCAUAAUGAGUUUAUUUAAAUCAAGGUAUUCAAAUGAUAAUUUUAAGAUAAUUCAUUGAAUGAACAGUAUUUGAAACCAACAAACAGACAAGAUAUAUUUUUUUUACAAAGAAGCACUUAGAUGUUUCAGCUUUUAUUGUUAUGAAUCAAUAUCCACAUUGUGUACAGUCCAUUCGGAAAGUAUUCAGACCCCUUGACUUUUGCCACAUUUUGUUACGUUACAGACUUAUUCUAAAAUGAAUGAAGGACAUUUUUUCUCUCAUC